AUGCCGAACAAAGCCGUCGCCAUGUUCGUUGAAAACAUAACGCGAUUGUUUCGUCGGGCCGACCAACUGAUGUCAGAAGACAAAAAGGCAUUCCUGAACGCCACUCAGCCUGAAAACGUCAUGUCGCAAGGCACAGAGUCAGAAGACGCUCUCCGAAGGAAAAACAAGCCGCAGCGCGGACGACGGCUUUCGGCUUCUCGGCUGCCGGCGACGACUUCCGUUUCGUACACAGAGCUCGUGCCAGACUCCAGGACGGACCUUCGUCCAGUUGAGAGUCUCAAGCGCGCCGCCGAGGUAGGUCUCUCACAAGAGCCGGCAUCCGAUAAUGGCAAACAAGAACCAGCAAGUGCGAGGCCCGAGAAGUUGAGAAGGCCAUCCAAGGGCGGUUCCGAAACGGACUCCCGACUGUCACGACGGAGCAAAAGCAGCAGCGGGAUCCGGGGCCGCACAAUCAAGCCGAGCUCCGAGCCAGAGGCCUUUUCGGACACCAGCAGUGUCGCCACUGCUGCGCCGGUGCCGGUCAAGGAAUGCGACACCGUCGUCUCCACUGCAUCAUCGUCGGAGGCAAAUAGACCGAGUAAAACGACCCUGCGGGACGCCAAUGACCAUUCCUCGCGCCAGGACACGCUGAAAGGCUCUCGCCCACGUCCAUCACCCCUUGAGGUGUCCAGCGCCAGUAACCUCCAUGCGGGUGUCGACAUAUCGCAACCGCUGCGGAGUACACGGAGCACCACCAGUGGCUACGGACAUCUCUUCGGUCGAGCAGCAUAUGCCGUCUUCGCGUCACUUGCACUAACCUUGGCGGUCGUCGUGGCUAUUGCACUGCUGCUUAUGGCCAUGAACCAACCAACCCCUAAAAAUUUGUGCAUCACGGAAGACUGUCACGCUCAUGCAGCACUACUCCACCACGCGCUAAACCAAAGCAUCGAUGCCUGUGAAGACUUUCGUGCUCACGUAUGUUCCAAAUGGUCCCCACCUGGUGAGAGGAAGCAGUUGCGAGACUUUGACACGUCGGUCAUGGAAGACAUGGUGUUUUCGUGGUUAUUCGGCUUGGAGGAGACCCUUCGGGAAGGCUCGAAAAAGUUCCCCGUUGGCCACAAGGCAUUACUCAUGUUCCAAUCCUGCAUGAGCGGCUCCUCUGAAUACGGUUCAACGAUAAAUGAAUUUCGCAAGUUUAUCCAACAACUCGGCUUGUCCUGGCCAGAAGAACAAACGCAGCAGAUCGACGCCCUGGAGGUGCUCCUCACGUUAGCUUACAAUUGGCACAUCGAAUUCUGGUUCACCGUGCAGAUACUCAAGUAUGGUGUAGGGACAAGAGACUUCUGGCGACUCUCUCUGGAACCCGCUCCACAGCUGCCCUUCUACCUCCAACACCACCGCAGCGUCAUCAACUCUGGGGGAUACUACGAGUACUGGAGCCAGUUCUAUACGGCAUUCACCAGCACUAUCCCUAUCGACAGUGCGCGGCGAGCCACAGAGGCCGCCCGCCUAGAAGGCGACAUCCUCGAGGCCCUCAACCAAGCCCUUCAUGUGUCUCCAAAAGAAGCGGCGACAUUCCCCCUUGGAGAAAUGGAAGUGUACACACCGAGCGUACAGUCGUUCCGUUGGAUAAAACGUUUACAGAACGUAACUGACAUUCACCCCGUGCUGAAGCAACAGGAUGAUGUUGUAGUCAGCAACGUGAAGUUCCUGCUCACUGUGGGGGAGGUUUUCGGCAACUACUCGAACCAGCAAAUUCUGGAAUUUCUUUCAUGGCAGUUCGUUGAGCACUACGGUCCGGUUGCCGACAGCCGCCUACUAUUGACGAGGUAUGGAGACCAGAUGAUAGCCGAUACACUUAGACCAGCAUUUUGCGCAUUUCACAUAGAAGUGGCGUACAAGGCCGUGUUACUGUCAAUGCAGUUUGCGCUCAGAAUAACGAAGGAACACAGGCUACAGAUAUAUCAAGGAUUCCGACGCUUGAGGUUGAAGGCCGUGCACUAUGUGAACUCGUCUGAGUGGCUGGACUCGAAGAGCAAGGAUUCAGUGGCAGCGAAGCUUAGCACACUUGAAUUGGCGGUGUGGCCUCCGGCCGAGUACUUAACCAACGAAAGCCUCGAAGAGAUUUUCAAGACUUACCCCGAAAACGAGAAAACGUUCGGCAGCUACUGGAUCAAGUCCAUUCGGAGUCUGCGCACCGUCAAGAAAGAUUCUGCCUACAAAUAUAUGCUAGGGCUGCCACUGAAUUACGCACAGCCCUAUUUCAUAUACGACUAUUUUAUGAACAGCGUUGGCGUGGCCAUCGGCGCCGUCAGCCGUCCACUGUACUACAGCGAGGGCACACGCGCCAUGUUCUACGGCGGCAUAGGGUUCUCCUUUGCGUUUGAACUGGUCAAAGCACUCGACCGAGAGGGCCUCCGCUGGUCUAGGCAUGGUGGAGUGGUCACCUCUAUCAUCAGCGCAAACUCGAAGGCGGCCUUUGAUGAGAGAGACAACUGCCUCAGCAACAGCGAAGAACGCGACCACAGCUUGUUUCCAGAGAUUCCGGCGCUCGAGAUCGCCUACUCCGCGUUUGUGGAUGCUACAAAGGAAGCUGAGAAAGAACUCUCCAUUAGUGCCGAUUUCUCGGAAACACAGGUGUUCUUUCUGACAAUGUGCUAUAUGACAUGCAGUAUGAAAGGUGUCGUUCAUCCCUUCUCGGCCAAUUGCAACAAACUUGUGCAGAAUUCCUUGGCUUUCGCAAGCGCCUUUAGGUGCCCGCUGGGAUCUAAGAUGAAUCCAUUGAAGAAGUGCACUCUCUUCGGAUAGCUAAAAGGGUGCCCCGAACAACACUAUGAAUUACUGUCACCCUAAAUGAUUAUUCACACCUUUUAGCAGCAUAUUUCGAAGUACUGGGAGCCAUAUUGCGAUCGAUGUCACUUGCGCUUCACUCUUUUGUGGGUUUAAUGCUUAUGAUGGAAUCAAAACGCUCAUCACAGUGGCAAGGACUGGUUUCAAACCGUGCAAUGUUAUUGAGUUAUUACGAAGUGUUAAGUUGUGUAUGCAACUCCACUAGGAACUUUAAGGCAGUCACUUAUUUUUAUUUGAGACAGCACUUUCUCCACAUUCCAUGCGUUUUCAUGACAGCGUCGAGACUCUCUUCACAGCCUUAUUUUAUGUGCCGAAUUUUCCUUAUUUAAGUUGACCUUCCUGCGCUUGCGUGAUAAAUGUGUAAACGCUGUUUUUGUUUGUUCUAUUGCAGUUCGCUGUUGACCGAUGCGGGUGAUAUUUUAAAACAAAUUCAAUUAAGUAAUUUCAGUUCCGCGCACCAUUUGCAAACAAGGACAAGAAAAAGUUUAUAUCAAGAAAAACAGGAAAUAAUAGAUGCACUCAGCAUAGCGCAUGCGUACACGUUCUUCACGGAAAAGAAAGGGGAAUACAAAAAGGCGUUUCUCACUACUAAAUAAGCAGAUAGACGUGUCGCUAACGAAGCCUGUGCCUCUUUUUUUAAUGUGAUAAGCUUCCAAAAGGUCAUGAGCAGUAAUAUUCUUUUUUCUGCCUAGAAUCUUAAGCUUACGAAACCGUCGUUUACGCUUGCAGGCCACGCCAUGCGCAGGUAGAUGCGCAAUGCCUUAUCUGCCUUCUUUGUCCGUGUUGCUUUGCACUGCAUUGUCUUGAAUACAGCGAUACUGUCGAAUUCGCCAUCUCCUCAGCUCUGAU